CGCUCAAUUAAAACCACGAUAUUGUUUAAGAAAUUUCUUCAUUAUUCCGAGAACAAUGAAUGACUGUAAAACAUGAGUGUUCUUAAACUAAAUAUUCGUGAACAAACAAAUGUGCACACUUAGAGUAGCAGCCUCCUUUUUCAUAUUAUUCACAAUUAAAGCGGUUUCAACAAAAUGGCCGGAUCCAGACGACGACAAGUUGAUAUUCAUUGCGAAUCCGGUAGAAGCUGAUAUGCCGGGACAUUGGAUGCCUUUGAGUGUUAUGAAAAUCAUACUUGGAGGCUCCACAAAAAUGCCCUUAACUACAACGAGGAAACAGCUUAAAUUGAAAUUAAAAAUAACCACUAAAAGUACGACCACUAGCACUGAAGCGCCUACAACUACGACGGAAGCUUGCACUACAACUACUACAAUCCCUACCACUUCCACCACUCCUACAUCCACAACUACUCCCACAACUACAACCACUCCGACAACUACAACUACUCCCACGACUACAACCACUCCAACAACUACAACUACUCCCACAACUACAACCACUCCAACAACUACCACUACUCCCACAACUACAACCACUCCAACAACUACAACUACUCCCACAACUACAACCACUCCGACAACUACAACUACUCCCACGACUACAACCACUCCGACAACUACAACUACUCCCACGACUACAACCACUCCGACGACUACAACUACUCCCACAACUACAACUACUCCCACAACUACAACUACUCCCACAACUACAACCACCCCGACAACCACAACUACGACAACAACUACAACUACGACAACAACCACGACCACCACAACAACGAAGCCGCCACGGAAAACACCACCACGAAGAAUUAAACCUGCUACUGAUGCACACGAGAAUUUGAAUGCGUAAAAUCAUAGUGUUGCCUGGAUGAGAUUGCUUAGCAGCGACAAGGCCGCCAGUUGCAAUCAUUUAAAUAUAAUUAUGUAACUGGAUAUAAUACUUCUACUCUACUAUAAUUUACUAGAACACGUCAGAUAUUUUUGUUGUUAUACUCAUAUGAAUUGUGAAUAUGAGAAAAGGGUUUUCUUUUUUAAUAAAUAGAAUGAAAAAUAACAGUAU